GAGUUCAAAGAUUAUAUAAUGUGAGUUAAAAGCCAUGGUAAACAUAUUUUAUCCCAUAUCAAAUCAACUUCCUCUUCUACUCUUCCCUCCAGCUUCUCAAGACAUUCAAAAACAUCUAUAACUUCACUUGAAAUUCCAACUUUUCAAGUCCAUCCUCAAAUCAUCUACUUCUUCCCAAAAUACAAUCAACAUGCCUACCUUCACAGUUUUCAAGGGCAGAGCAGAUGGUACCCCCAUCAAGAGCACCACCACUAAGCCAGAAGAGCUCAAAGGGGACAGCGUUUUGGUAAAAAUUACCGCUUCCGGUGUUUGCGGAACAGAUCUUCACUACAAAGGUGCCGACAUGGUCCUUGGCCACGAAGGUGUUGGUAUCGUUGAAUCUGUUGGCCCUGAUGCCAAAUAUCUCAAGAAGGGAGACCGUGUAGGAUGGGGUUACGAGCACGAUUCUUGUGGCCACUGCAAUGAGUGUCUUACUGGAAACGAAGUUUUCUGUCCAGAACGUGCUCUUUACGGAUAUGCCAACCUUGAUCAAGGAUCAUUUGCUUCCCACGCUAUCUGGCGCGAGGCCUUCCUUUUCCCCACACCAGCCUCCAUCCCUGACGAAUAUGCCGCUCCUUUACAAUGUGGAGGUGCUACCACAUUCUCUGCCCUCCAGGGUAUCAAGAGUACUGAUGUUGUUGCUGUGAUGGGAGUUGGUGGAUUGGGACAUUUGGCUAUUCAAUUUGCUGCCAAGAUGGGUUGCAGAGUUGUUGUGUUGAGUAGCUCGGACAAGAAGAAGGCUGAAGCCACCAAGCUCGGUGCACACGAAUUUAUCGCUACCAAGGAUGUUAAGGAACUCAAGGUUUCUAAACCCAUUAACCGUCUCCUCGUUACCACUGCCGCUCAACCAAACUGGGAAUUGAUCCUCCCAAUCAUGGCACCCCGCUCCACCAUCUACCCCUUGACAGUUUCUUUCCAGAACCUCGAGAUCCCAUACAUGCCAUUCCUUGUCGCUGGUAUCAACAUUCAAGGAAACCUUGUUGCAAACAGAAGUGCCCACAAGCAGAUGUUGGACUUCGCUGCAUUCCAUGAAAUCAAACCCAUCGUUCAAACUUUCCCUAUGACGGAGUCAGGUAUCGCGGAGGCAAUGGACAAAUUGGACAAAGGACAAGUUUACUAUAGGGCUGUUCUCUUGGCGCAAAUCAUCGAGAAAGUCCUUCCUGGUGCCUCUCGGUCAUCAACAUCUUCGUCCACUACCCUCCGCAGUCGAUUCACUUACAAGACUUGGUUACAUUCCAUUCUUUCCUCUUGCUCGCCCAAAAGCAAGAAAGCCAAGAAGAGUGUUGAGAAGAAAUGAGUCCGCUUGACGACCUUUUAUUUCAUUUGUUUUUCAGGUGAAGAUAGUUAUCGGGACGUGGAUGAAGUACUGUUUGUGAUAGAUACACUUAAUACCCCAGGUUGAAUGUUUUGCUUUGUAGUAGAUAAAUCAUUAGGACAUAAUCGAAAUAUUUUCUUGUAUUUUGAGUGCUAUUUGCUUCUCAGCAUCAUAUUCCUAAAAAUGGA